AACCAAAUGUAUAAGUAAAUCGAAACUUAUGUUAUUUUAAAGCCCUUUCAUUCCAAGGAGAAGGUUCAGCUUUGCUUAGUGCAAGUGUUAACUUACCGAACUAAAAAUGGGCAAAAUAUUUCAAGUGUUUGUCAUCGGAAUCAAGAAUGAAAAGAUUACUCUUGAUGUGGCCGAAUCAGAAACACAAUUCAAAAGUACAACUGUGGGAAAUGUGAAGAAGUUGCAGGAUCGUGUCCCAGGAUUUUCAGAAUGUCGACUUCUGUUUGCUGACACUCAGCUGGAGGACGACAAAACGUUGUCUAACUACGGUAUCGAGGACAAAUCCACAUUAACAACUAUCUUAAUGCUGCCAGGAGGAUUUACUCCAACUGUCUAGUCUGUGGGAUCACAAUUCUGACAGUUUAAAUGUUGGCUCACCGCGAAUAUGCUGGAAGACGGUGCCAUGAGAUGACGUAAUUUGCCUUUCCCUGACUUACGUUAAUUUCUUACCCAAGUUUGUCAGGUUGUUGCCUUUGUAAAAAGCAUUUGGUUCGUGUGUUUUGGACGUUAGAGCAGAGUUUUCUAACAAAAACAGGUUUAAAAAAAAAGCCACUGCCUACCACGGACUGAACUUUGUAAAGACGCACGUUAGGAAAAGCUUGUAUUUGUGGUCUCGUAAGCUUUGCUUCAUGUUUCUUUAAAUGAGAAGUUUGGUAUUUCUUUACUUCUUGCGUAUUUGUAUGAUGGUUUAAAAAUGGUAAUUAGUAGCUCUGGAUAACAAUAUUCCAAUGCACCACAGACUUUCGUGAUAUGAUUUUGGAUGUCACAUUUAGCCAUCUUCUUCCUAGCUUUAGUUAUUUUGUUCUUAAAUCAGAUCUGUUUAUGGAGCCCGCUUAUGAAAUAAAUAAACCUAAGUUUGUACCGGGGUUGCAGCCAGAGAAUUUAAUUGUGUACUGGUGUCCCUCAACUCACCAGGCAGUUUGCAUCACUUUCCCACUGAAACCAUUUAAAUAUAUAUUUUUUAAAUCCAUGUAACUGUUGUUGGAGGAAUUAAUUUAGACAGUUAUGGACAUAGUAUGGCCUAAAAAGCCAUUGUUUCUGUUAGUAAUGUUUAGAAAAUUGUAUUCAGGGGAGUACAAAGAGUAUGGCUAGCUACCCCUCGGUCUAUAUAAAUAUCCCCAAUCAGAAAUUUUGGCUUGAAAAAUAAAAAGUGCAAUCUAAGAUUUUAAUGAUCCAUGCUCAAAAGUAUGGAACACAGUGUAUUGCGUCACCAAAUUUUUUUUAGAAAAAUAAUGUUGUACUACAUGUACAGAUCUACCCAUUUUGUUAUGAAAUUUCACUUGUGUAGUAAACAAUUAAAAUACCUGUUUUACUAAAA